CGUCGAUAGACUUGCCGGCCAUUACUGAAAAUUAAUCAUAAUCAAUGUAAAAUCAACUCUGUGCCGCCACGCGUAAAACCAUAUUCGUAUAAAAAUUUUCAUAGCGUGUUUGAGAAAUUGUGAUCCCAGUGUAGUGUAACAAUGAAUGAAGAUAAUUCUGUUAGUGACGAUCUAAAACGUCAGGCUGCUAUGUUUUAUAAUUCAACGGAAAGAGAACGAUUACAAGAACGCAGAAAACAGACGACGUCAUGGCGCUUUUGGGAGAAACGAAGAUUGGUGGUCGCUCUGCUGGCUUUCUUCGGCUUUUUCAACGUAUACGCCCUGAGAGUCAAUCUAUCCGUCGCCGUGGUCGCGAUGACCGAACCCGUGGAAGUCGAGCUGGAAAAUGGAACCAUUGUUUAUGUCCCAGAAUUCGACUGGUCCUCUCAAACAAAGGGGCUCGUGUUGAGUUCAUUCUUCUACGGCUACAUCAUCACUCAGCUACCCGGCGGCUGGCUGGCUGCUAAAAUAGGAGGUAACAGGAUGUUCGCGAUAGGAGUCGGCGCUACAUCCCUUUUGACGCUCUUCACUCCACCACUGGCGCACACCAGCACCGCGUUACUGAUCGCAGUACGAGUAAUGGAAGGCUUGUUUGAGGGCGUUACGUACCCGUGUAUCCACGCAGUGUGGUCUCGAUGGGCUCCGAGCGAGGAGCGAGCUCGACUCGCGACGUUCGCGUUCAGCGGCAGUUACGUCGGCACCGUUGUGGCAAUGCCCAUAAGUUCAACGUUAACGCACUAUACCGGGUGGCCGGGUAUUUUUUAUGUUUUCGGAAUAUUGGGUUUGGUUUGGACAACUAUAUGGUGGCUCGUUGUCAAGGAAUCCCCUGAAAAGGAUCCCCAUAUCACGGCCGCUGAAUUGAAAUAUAUACAGGAGUCCCGGGGAGCCCUGGCAGUGGAAGGUACACAAAUUCGACACCCGUGGAAGGCAAUGUUGACCUCAGGACCAGUCUGGGCUAUAGUGAUGGCGCACUUCAGCGAGAAUUGGGGAUUCUACACACUCCUCACGUUCCUCCCUACAUUUAUGCAAGAUGUAUUCAAGUUCCAAACGUCACAAACUGGAUGGUUAUCGGCGGUCCCGUAUUUAGCAAUGGCGGUGGUUUUACAAGUAGCCGGUCACAUGGCGGAUUGGUUGUUGAAAAUGGAGAUUUUGUCGAGAACCAACAUCAGGAAAUUGUUCAACUGUGGUGCAUUUCUAGCUCAGACGAUAUUUAUGGUAGCGGCCGCGUAUGCGCCCUCGGUGUCAGGCUGUGUUGUAUGUCUCACAAUCGCCGUCGGACUUGGAGGCUUCGCCUGGUCUGGUUUCAGUGUUAAUCACUUGGACAUAGCACCCCCACACGCUAGCGUUCUUAUGGGACUUUCAAAUACAAUCGCCACGCUACCCGGUAUAAUCAGCCCGCCGUUAGCCGGUUCCAUAGUAACUGAUAGGACGGCCGAGCAAUGGCGGAUCGUUUUCUUCAUAUCCAGCGCCAUCUAUCUGCUUGGGGCAAUCAUAUAUGGCGUGUUUUGCUCCGGUAACAAACAGCCUUGGGUUGUGGAAGUUGACAGCGAUGCUAGCUUCGACACAGAUGGCGCUUCCGUCACAACAACAAGAGGCUACGAUAAUAAAGCCAUGGACCGAAGUUCGGAAAUGUAGAUAAUAAAAAUGAAAGAUUAUUAAUUUUGUGAUGAAAUUGUAAUGUAAUUUAUGGAUCUUUUUUAUAGUAUAAAUUGUAUUUAGCGUUGGCUUCGCUGUGCUCAAAUGUGUAGAACAUAAUGUAGAAAUAUAUCUGAAGCACAAAAAUAACAGAAAUCUCUAGAAAGAAUUUGAAUUUCAAAACGAAUAUUAUCAAAUAUCUGUGACAAAUAUUUAAGCUCGAAAUACAAAUAUAUAUUUAAAAUUAAGAAAAAAAAAAGAAAUCUUAGCUUCAUUUUUGACGCAUAUUUGCUUGUAAGCUGGAUAUCAAUUUAAUAUUAAUCUCAUAAAUUAUACAUUUAUUUAUAUUAGUUAAGUUUUAUGAUUAUGAGAUCACAAAAAUUUGACUUGAUGACAGGGAUCUCUGCAUCCGUGCGAAAGCGAUGGCAAUAUAUUCAUACGCACGUGAUAGAGACAAACUAUCACGGUUAAAUAUACAAAAAUCUCCUAUGACUAAUAUAUAGUAUAAAUGUAAAACAUAACCUCAAAUCUUGUUUUCUUAUGAUAAAUCUAUACUUAGAUUUAUCAUGGAAAUCUAUUCAAAUUGACAUGUUUCGUCUUCAUACCGAAUUAUUUCCAAGUAAUGUUCAAUUGGAAGUAUCUAUUAAUAAUAUAAAAAAGAUUUAAAAUGUAUUUUUUUUUUAUUAUUUUUGCCGUCCAUUGUUGUUUAUGAGAUGAUUCAUUGUAUUCAUAUGCAUAAAAUAAUUGAUCAUGUAACGCUUAAGUAUAAGUGAACUUUGUAAUAUGUACCAUUUAUUUAUAUUGCGAAAUUAACAUUUAUGUAUUAUAUUAAAACUUAAUUAUUGUAAAUUCUAUAUAUUUUAAGGCUAGAUAGAUUUGCACGGAUCCUAUUAAAAAAAGUGUUAAAUUCUGUUUAAGAAAAUUGACAGGCUACACGGCCGACGAAGAAUCGCCUAAUAAACGAAGAAGUAACAGUAAACGUCAAGCAAUGUAACUGUAUGAAAUAGGCAUAUAUAUAGUACAAUUUUAACGCGGGUAAAACCGCGAGGCAAACUGUCGUUUAUAUAUACAGUAACAACUCUUUAAGUCGAAAACCUCUCAAACUCGAAAUAAUUAGUGUGUCCCAAGUAAAUUUAGCACAUAUUUUUUCUCUAUAACUCGUAAAAAUAUAUUUGUGUACAAUAAACCAUUUCGAUGAAAUUAUAACUCAAAAUUAGUUGAAAUAAAUCUUAACCUCUACAAGUCGAACAUAUCCUGACAAAAUGCGCUUAAGUCGAAGUUGAUUACAGGCACAAGGGACAUAACGUCUUAGUUCCCAAGGUUGGUGGCGCAUUGGCGAUGUAAGCGAUUGUUAACAUUUCUGUCAAUGCCAAUGUCUAUGGACGUUGGUGACCACUUACUAUCAGGUGGCCUAUAUACUCGUCCGCGUUCAUAUUCUAUAAAAAAAAAAAGUCGAACUCUAUAACUGGAUUUUUUUGACGUCUCCUUUCAAGUUCGACUUACAGAGUUUCUACUGUGUACUACAGUUACUGUUCUACAUAAUAUAAAGAUGUAUGUUAACAAGCAAUAGCACUUGGACUUGCAACGCCAAAGUCAAAAUAUUGUAAUUGAUUAUAAGGCAACUUUGCUAGUAUCUGUGGCGGAUUUAAAAAAUUUCAAGGUAUAGGCUGUAAAAUUUUUGCCGCCCUUGCCUACGAUACCGUACGAUAAUUUUAUAACUAUUUUUGGGUUUCUGGUUUUUUGUUUUUUUUUUUAACUGAUUUCUUCUAUCUGUAAAACAUCAGAAAACCGUCAAGAAGAAAUCUUUUUAAUUUUUUUUGAUAAUCGAGCCGUCAAAUUUGCCGCUCCAAAAAUCUGCCGCCUUAGGCUGAAGCUUACUCAGCCUGCUGGUAAAUCCGCCACUGAUUAUACUAUAUACAAGACCUUUAACGACUGUAUCGCUCUAUUAUAUACAUAUAUCAAUGACACAUACAUAAUUCUAUUAAUGUAUAUAUAUUUCAUUAUAUUGAACUCAUUAAAAAUCAUGUUCGUUUAUGUGUAGUGAUUAUUUAUGUGCUGUAAUGUUUAUCAACUGUGAUUAUAAAAUAAACGUAUUUGAACUCGA